CGGAGCUGUCUGGGUGAACCCGCCCGUCUCUUGUAUAAAUUCAGACAGCGUGAGAGUGAGAGGAGACACACUGCUUCCACCACGUCACCCGCUGCGGCUCUCCGGCUCUGAGAGGCCUGAGGUUUUUGGAUUUAACUGAAUGGACAUGUCUGGUGCAGUCAAACCUGUGACUUCCUUCCUCAUUGAGGACAUCCUGUCCAUUAAGGAGAGCACAGGAUUUAAUGGCAAGUGCUGCUCGCAGAAGAAGGAGCGAUGUUCACAGUGGAAAGAGGAAUCUGAGGAGUUGUCGCCACAACUCUGCCCUCAGGAGACGACGUUUGGGGCGCAGACAGAGUCCCUGGACACAUCCUGUCCCAGCUCCUCAGAGUCCAGAAGUUUUUCCUCCCAUGGGAAACAGAAGCGCUCAAGGGCGGCUUUCACCCAUCUGCAAGUGCUCGAACUGGAGAAGAAAUUUAAUCACCAGAAAUACCUGUCCGCCCCCGAGAGGGCUCACCUGGCCAGCACCUUAAGACUAACCGAGACCCAGGUGAAAAUCUGGUUUCAGAACAGAAGGUACAAAACAAAACGAAAGCAGCAGACGUCCGAGUUCUGCAAGGACGCGUAUAAAGCAGACGGACUGAGCCUGAGAGAGGAUCUGAUCAGAUCGUCGCUAAUUACAUCUUUCUGCAAAGCCUACAGAUACAGGCCCUACCCGUGGGACUACAGCGGCCCCUGGGGCCCUGUGUUUUGGUGAAACUGAGUUAUGACUUAAUAAAUAAAGCAGUCUGAAAAUUAGGUUUCUGUGCUCUCUAUCAAAGUUGAUCUGUUGUGGUUUUAAUCCAGUGCCUGUGUGUUGUCAGUCUGCCUGUUAAACGUGAUGUAUGGACGUGAUCUGGGAUCACAGCAACACAUAAAACUGAAUUGAGAUGUAGCAUUGUUGAUUCAUUCAUUAAUAAAUUAAUGUUGUUCCAUUUUAUUUAAA